AUGGCACACUGUAAUACCAAAAUUGGGUUGAACUAUUUUGGCCUGAUUGAUGUAUCUGAUUGCCCUGUCUCUGCUGUCACCAUCUGCUGUCUGUAUGCUGCUCCUGCUCUGUCAACUACUGUGGCUGCUGCUCCACCACCACUGCCACUGCUCACCACUGUCUCUCUGUCUCUCUCUGGUACUGUCAGGGUCUCUGUCUGUCAAAUGAUGAAUAUUAGAGCCUCUGUUCAGUUCACAAAGCUGGUUCUGGAGAAGCAGAAGAAGAAAAAGGAGAAGAAAAAGAAAAAGAAGAAGAAGAAGAAGUAA